AUGUUGAAACCACUUACGGGAUACACGUUAGAAGACUCGGGUGUGGAGGCCUUGGGGGUGAGUAUUCCUCCGCAAAGAUUCCUAAACGAUGAUCAUAUCGACCUCGAGCCUCUGUUCCACAUCAAGGUCAAAUUCGGUGGAUCUGAGUUCAUGAUGUACACUACACAAGAUGGACAGGUCGUCACGGUCGACAACCACCCCCUUCCUAUAGUCGAUGGUCACGAUAUUGCCACAGCCACCAGUGUCCGCACAUCUUCUCAAGAACCACUAAUCGAUCUUUUAAUCUUAAUCGGCAAAGAGCACAGCGGCGAUCAACUCAAACAUAGUUUUAGCCUCGUUCCCGACGCCCUCGUUUGGUACGUACGAAGGCCUGUGGAUCGUUCCAAAGAGUUCAUCGGCAUUCUUCAAUUUGCUUCCGCCGACACUAUUGUACCCGGCGAUUGGGGACUGAGAAACAGAGACCUCACGUUCACGAAUGACGAGGGUGUUGUGCGCACGGCGAAGCCACUACUUAAAGCAUGCUGUUGCUUGGGCAGCAGCGAGGAUGCUACUCCAUGGUACUGUUCGACUAUCACAAUCUUAUCCUUGUCACGCGCAGCAAGGCUAAGAAAAUACACGCAAGCAUAG